CCUAUGGGGGCGCGGGGCGCGGUCACGUGCGCAGCCCCGCUCGGCGCUGCGGAGCCGGAGGAGCCGGACGGGGCCGCGGAGCCGGGACGGGGCCGCGGGGCAGCGCCGGGGCCGGCGCCGAGCGGGGUGAAUUAGAGAAAGUGACUCCCAGAGCACCUUGGCUGUAUGAACUCUUGAACUGUCAAGGGACUGAGAGGCUUAUGAAGAGGUUCUGUCAGGCAAAACAGUGCUUAGCAAAGACACCAAGGAGGAGGGAAAAGGAGAAAGGGAGGGAGAGAGAGCUGAAACACUAACAAACCAUGAGAUCGAUCCGAUCUUUUGCUAACGAUGACCGCCACGUAAUGGUGAAGCAUUCAACCAUUUAUCCAUCUCCAGAGGAGCUUGAAGCUGUCCAGAACAUGGUCUCAACAGUAGAAUGUGCCCUUAAGCAUGUCUCUGACUGGAUGGAUGAAAAGAACAAGUCUGCGAAGUGUGAGGGUGAUGUGGAAGCCAAGGAGGAAGCUGCGGAAGGCACUGCCAAGGAUCAAGGAGGUCGGACGUUGUGUGGCGUUAUGAGAAUUGGCUUGGUUGCAAAGGGCUUGCUGAUCAAAGAUGACAUGGAUCUGGAGCUGGUUCUCAUGUGCAAAGAAAAACCCACAAAGACCUUGUUAUGUAUCGUUAAAGACAAUCUCCCAGCUCAAAUUCAGAAACUUACAGAAGAGAAGUAUCUGGUGGAGGAGCAUGUAAAUGAGGCAGCUAUUGUUAUCCAUAACACAAAGGAGCCCAAGCUCACUUUGAAGGUGAUACUCACAUCCCCUCUCAUCCGAGAUGAAGCAGAGAAGAAGGAAGGAGUAGAUAAUGUUGCGAUGAAAGAUCCUCCGGACUUAUUGGACAGGCAGAAAUGCCUGGAGGCCUUGGCGUCUCUGCGGCACGCCAAAUGGUUUCAGGCCAGGGCAAAUGGACUAAAAUCAUGUGUAAUUGUCCUUCGUAUUCUGCGGGAUUUGUGCAACAGAGUCCCCACAUGGGCACCGCUGAAAGGCUGGCCACUCGAGCUUAUAUGUGAAAAAUCUAUAGGUACUUGUAAUAGACCUUUGGGCGCUGGGGAAGCGUUGCGGCGAGUGAUGGAGUGUUUGGCAUCUGGAAUUCUGCUUCCUGGGGGCCCGGGGCUGCACGACCCCUGCGAGCGCGAGCCCACGGAUGCUUUGUCUUACAUGACAGUUCAGCAAAAAGAAGCCAUUACACACAGUGCUCAGCACGCGCUCAGAUUAUCAGCCUUUGGGCAGAUCUAUAAAGUUUUGGAAAUGGAUCCCCUCCCAUCAAAUAAGUCAUUUCAGAAAUAUUCCUGGUCAGUAACUGACAAAGAAGGUACAGGCUCAUCUGCUCUGAAGAGACCAUUUGAAGACAGUGUUGGGGAUGAUAAAGAUCCAAAUAAAAAGAUGAAGCGUAAUCUGAGGAAAAUACUAGAUAGUAAAGCAAUAGAUCUCAUGAAUGCUCUGAUGAGGCUGAACCAAAUCAGGCCAGGGCUUCAGUAUAAGCUGCUGUCACAGUCUGGUCCAGUCCAUGCCCCAGUCUUCACAAUGUCUGUAGAUGUUGAUGGUACGACUUAUGAAGCAUCAGGACCUUCUAAGAAAACAGCCAAGCUCCAUGUGGCAGUGAAGGUUUUACAAGCGAUGGGGUAUCCAACAGGUUUUGAUGCAGAUGUGGAGUGUGUAAGUUCUGAUGAAAAAUCAGAUACUGAAGGUAAAAAUGAAACAACGUCUUCAAUCUCAAGCAAUAAUAAUACUGGCAAUUCCACAGCUGACACCUCCGCUACCCUAGAGGUAAGAACUCAGGGUCCCAUACUCACAGCAAGUGGCAAAAACCCGGUGAUGGAGCUCAAUGAAAAGAGAAGAGGUCUGAAGUACGAGCUCAUCUCUGAAACAGGGGGAAGCCAUGACAAGCGCUUUGUGAUGGAGGUAGAAGUAGAUGGGCAGAAGUUCAGAGGUGCAGGCCCAAACAAGAAAGUAGCAAAAGCAAGUGCUGCAUUAGCAGCACUUGAAAAACUGUUUUCUGGGCCUAAUGCAGCAAAUAACAAGAAAAAGAAGAUUCUUCCUCAGACUAAAGGGGUUGUCAGUACAGCUGUUUCUGCAGCAGUCCAGGCUGUUCGAGGCAGAGGACGAGGUGCUUUAACACGAGGGGCGUUUGUUGGGGCAGCUGCUGCUACUGGAUACAUAACACCAGGCUAUGGAGCACCGUACGGAUACAGCACAGCAGCACCAGCCUACGCCAUAUGCACUUGUAUAAAAUAAGCAGAAAUGUAGUGACUGUAAGCUGAGAUCGUGAUAUAAAAGGUAAGAGAUUUUAUUUUCAGCUUAAAGAAUAUUUUUAUUGCUUUUUUUCUAAAAAUCUCGUAUACCUGUGACAAUCUUGUAUAUGGCACGUUUUUAUUAUGUCUUGUUAACUCAGUGUUUAAAGAGGUAAUACAUAGGGGUCUGAAUCCCAACUUUGUAUUUCUCAAGGCCAAUUCAAAUACUCCAGUUUCAGUUAAAAAAUAUUACCUAACACUUAAGAAAUUGUUUGGUUUUAUCAACAGACUGUUCUCCUUCAAAUAUUUUUCUCCUGUGUAGCAUAAAAAGCUGUGUUGAUACUGCUGUGUCAGGCACUGCAUUCCUUGCAUCCCUGUGGACACGUUUGGGUAGGUACCAAAGCCAGGCCAUGGCCUGCUCUGAAUGCACACCCUGGUGCUGGCUAAGUGCAAUGGGUGACACUAAUAAUGAGAGAAACUAUUUCCCUAAACUAUUAAAGCUAAACUCCAAAUGAAGAAUGAACAACUUUGAUGAUAUUGCAGUUAAAAUCUGCAGAGAUCAAAAUACAUUAGGUCAGAUUAAUUCAGGAAGCAGCCAGGUUUGCUUCCCUCCUGUGGGUGCAGUGCAGGACAGGAGGGCAGGCAGGCAGGGAUUUAUCUCUGCGUGAAUCCUUUGCUUAGCUGUGCUUUUCUACAGCUGGAAAUUAGGAUACAGCCAUCCAUAAAUAAUUAUUUUCAGUUCCGUAGUAAAAGUUUUAACAAUAUUUUACUUAGAUUAAAAUGGGUUUGGAUUAUGACCUAUUGGUGCACAUGAUAUGUGUAGUUUUAAAAUACUAUUUUUUUAUUUGUCUUUUAAACCUUGCGUUAUGCAAAGUUGCAUAGUACAGUACUCCAGAAGUGCAGUACUUGCAGUACUUGAAGUUGCUGGAAACAACUCUUUUUAUAUAAAAAUGGCUAAAAAAUAAAAAAGCAAAAGGGAGCAAGCUGAUGAUGAUGUAUUAGCAUUUUAGGUCUCAAUUCAGAGAUGAAAACAGGAACAACCCUUGACUGGUAACAGUUGACACUGGUGUCAAACAGAAAACCACUUGGUACAGAGUAUCCAGUGGUGUAUCAAGCCCAAAGGUCUGCAUCAAAACACUAACAGCAAAUAUAAACUAUAUUUGAUUUGAAUAUUGAAUCAUCAGAUUCACUAAGUAACUGCAUAUACAUCCAUUCCUCAGGAUAUUGCUGGAUAAAAUGCACAGGCUGGUAAGAGAAAACGAGCUGUUCAGUAGUGUCAGCUUUGCUCCUGAACUUGCACCUGGGAAAUGAACUGAGGAACUGUUCCAGGGGCUGGCCCUGGAAGCACAUAGUCCUUCCAUGACAUCUGCAGGACAACUGAUGAGCAAUCAGAAUGUCCUUCCUGUUCAGGGGGCAGGUUUCUAUCUGCUGUUAUCUUCAAGGUGCAAACUCAGGGCUGGAUCUGCAGCUCACCUACAGUUCAGUCCCUUUUUAAGCCUGGCAGGCCCAGCAGUGCUGAUCCUGGAGCAGCAGGCUGCUCUGCUCCCUGAGAUAGGAUAUUAUAUGCAUCAAGGUGCAUUAUAAUGAACUUCUCCUGAAUAUUCCUUUCCUAAGCUUAACUGCUGUCAACCUGACAAGCACUGUCCACUUCAAGGUCUGAUAAUAAACAUCUUGCUGACUCUCAUUUGAUCUGCUUCUUUGUGGACUGUGCUUGGCAGCUUAAUCCAUAUGUAUUUCUUUCCAGCAGAAUUGCUUUAACUGUGAAUUUCUGUAUUUUUCUGUUAUCACUCUAUUUAACUCUUAAAAUCCUAAGCUUUCCACUCUCCUGCUGUUUUUUUUAAAUGAUCUCAACUUUCUUGCAUCUUUUUUUCUCUCGAUUUCUCAAAUACCCUGCUGUUUGUAAUGCAGUAAAGCAUUGCAGUAUUUAUGUCUGAGAUGGCCCCUUGCCUUUGCUGCCUCCCUUUUCAGUAGGAGAGAACCAUUUCCUGAUAUGUGAAACACACUAAGACUCCUAAAUCUGGGUUCUGCAGCCACCUGGAAUCAGAGAUAAGGCCCUAAGGGGCAUGACUGCCUGGGAACCCCUCUCAUUCAUGUGGAACUUGAGCAAAAUAGCCCCACACAUUGAAGGGUCACAGAGUAGGCUCUGAAGUGCCUGAUGUAUUCACGUUUGAGAGAGCAGCCAAUUCCAUCAGGAGAUUUUAGCCUAAUAUCUGGCUAUUAUCUGAUGAGUAAUCUGGGCAACAUCUGCUUCAUCAGUGUUGCAUCAAGCAUGGUUUUGCUAAAGCAGAAGUAGGAACUCAUUUCUUCUGCAUAAUACUUCUGGGUUUCCUUUUAAAAGCCUCCUCACAGGAGCUUGGUCUGAACUGCCUUUCCUGUGAGGUUGGAGGUCUGUGUUACAGCUACUGAGCUUUGCAUUUCUGCAUGUACCCAAGAGCCAAACACAUAAAUCUGGUUGUGUAUGCUCUGUGCAGCUGCCAGUAGCAUUACCAAUUCUAGAAUACCUUUUCAGUGGAGCAGAAAUGGUAUUUUACAGUUUGAAUUUCUGGUUCAUGGAAAAGAAAUCUGAAAAGUUCCUUUCAAUUAGUACAUCUAUAAAUAAGAGACCAGGGAAAGUCUGUGCCUAUACACUACCCACCUUAACACUAGUUUUAGCAAACCAGAUGAUCAUGUGUAUUUUGGGAGAUGCUGUCUGGCACUUAAGGGAUUAAAAGCCAGAGAUUUACAAUGAAGAACCGAACAGUUUAAUGUGUUCUCUAUACUGGAAAUGAAUGGCAUCACCACUGACUUUGCAAAAACACCCAUGAGCUUUAGGGGUCUGCUUCUGUCCUACUUUGCCAGCCAUAAGAGAUUCCUCCAGGCAGGCUCUUCCUAGAGAAGGGAUUAGAGUAACCAGACUGGUAUGGAGGGCUUGGCUAGCUCAAAGCAUGGUAUGUGGUGCUUCCUGCCAUCGUGUUCUCUCUCUGCCAGUGCUUGCUGUCUUCCUUAAGCACACAUUCAGGAGCUGGAACACAGUGACCUUAUUCCUGGGCGUUUUGCCAGUUGGAUGGAGAGAGGCCAGCCUAUGCUCCUGAAGGGAAUGUGUAACACGAGGCCUCGGUUGCCCAAGCAAUUUCUGUUGGACACAGUGCACAAUCCAACCCUCACAAUUUAGUGCCUGGGUAGGUGGCUCCUAAUCUGUCUAAUUUGCUGUCCUGUAGCCAGUGUGAGCUAAUUAGAUGAUUCAGCAAUUGUCAUGGCUCCCCACUUAAUGUGCUGUAAAUGCUGCUGCCACGACUUUCACUGCUGUUAAAUACCUUUGCUUCUGUGAAGUCUGUCCUCCUGCCCUGCCUUUUCUGAUCAUCUUCUAGAAUCCUAGUAAAUAAUGAUUCUCUCAAAUUAUAAAAUUCUUACAUAUAAGUAUCUGGAUUCUUAAAAACUUUUAAUCAGACUGUGAAGCACUUCAGAGAAGCCAGUUUUCCUACAAAUAUUUCAACUUAUUAAUGUGCCAGAGGACUAGUUCUACUCAUUAACAAAGAUCUGAAAACUGCUCCAGUAUCUCUCAUCUCUGGAGACAAGGAUUCUUUCUUUGUGAACACUUGCCUUCUGGUAGGAAAAAAGAUUUGAAGUGUGUCUUAAUAAAAGACUGUGCCCUCAAGCCCCCAAAAGAACUUAACUGGGGAAAAGUGCACAAAUCUAAAAUUAUUUGAGGCUUUUUCCUUUCACUGAGCUAUUGAGAACAAUUUCCCUGACAAGAAGUUCCUCAGAUUAUUAGGAUGUAGAAAAUGCAGGAGGAGAAGCAUGAAGAUUUUUCAAGUAGUCUAGGAAAAAAAUCUGCUGUUUGUUAGCUGUUCAGCUAUGCAACAUCGUUCCCUUGUCACUUCUUUUUCUCCAAGACAGCAAUAAAUAUGAGCAGCUUUAACGUACCACCUCUGAUUCAGUCCUGGCAAUGUCCCUUGGAGAGUGAGAGUGGUACUUCCUGGUUUUUCUGCCACCAACUCCCUGAUGUAGAGUCCCUUGCUUCAUUUGUAAUUCUACAUCUGUACUUUUGAGCCAGUCUAGAGGUGGGGUAGCUGAACAUCUCUCCUAAUCCGUAUAAACGACAAGAAGUGUUUCAGUCUUUACUUAGACAAAACUACAAGUUUCCUUCUGCCUCUUGUGCUUGGUCUACCAAGAUAUGCUCACUCAGUAUUAGAACUUCUUGCCUUUAGCUAAAUUCUAAGACAGUUGCCUCUUACUUAAUGAAGAGAAAACUAUGUCCCAGCCUCAGUGAGUUCCAAGUCACAAAGCAGCUUACAAAACCAGCUCCUAUUUCCAGUGGCUCUGGGAAAUGGCACAGGAGCUGUGCUGCUGUGGAUUCCUUUGGACACAUGAUGAGAUGUGUAAACAUGAAAUUCAGAUUGUUGUUCUCAGUCAUGAAGCUGACUAAGACCUUGCCUCUCUGGCAUCAAAAGAAUGAAAAUGAGCUCUGUGCUGGGCACACUGAGGAGCUCUGUUAGGAACGGCUGUUCUGUCUCAAAAAAGAGAAACUCAGCUCGAAUGUUCAGCACACAGACCCUCUUGGGCUUCCUGCUGAAUAAUCCAGUGAAAAAUGAGAUAUUUUAUUGACUUGUUUAAAGCAGAGCAAAGAGACAGGGUAGCUGAAUCUGCUGUCUUAGUACAGGAGACAGCUUGUCUAACAGCUUGUUGGUUUCAUUCCACUGGCAGUGGAAAUUCUGCUAAAGUCAUUUUAGAGCACUUCACCAGAGAAACCCAGCACUGAAGUCCUGUGCCUAUGGACCACAGCAGCAGUUUCACAUGCACUUUCUUUUGAACAUAAACCAUUUAAGCUAGUGGUCAAGUACUUGGCAUUAAUAGAGUUGUCACCACUAAACUGUUUUAUUGCUUAACCCCAGAUGCCAUCUUAGCUUUAUUUGUGUCAUCUGAAUCCACACCUAUUUAUGUCCAGGCAUUGUGGUGCUUGCCUUUUCUGCUCACAGAUAUGGGAUUCACUUGUUGGUUUGUAACUGAUAUGUGAGAUAAUACAAAAGCACAAGUAGGACACAUCUGCCUCUUCCUCUGUCUACUCUCUCUGGGGUUUCCUAGGAGAAAGGGGGCUCUUCCUCCCACACCGGUCUGAUGCUGUGUCAGCAAGGCAGUGCUUUACUGUGAUUUAGGUAAGAGAAAACUUCAUCAGACAGUAAAGUUUAAAUUCUGUAAAGUGGGGGUUUUUUCUGCAGUUCCUGAAAUUGCAUGAAACAUUCAGACCACAUUGUUUACCUUGAUGUUUUUAAGGAGCUGAAUGUCCAAAAGUGGUGUGUGGAGAUGUGCAGCUCUAAAGCAUAUCUCUUAUUUUGGAUGUUGUUUUAUCUUGUAAUUGGUGCCUUAACUCUGUACAAUUUAAGGUCAUAUAUACUGUACCACAGGUAGUUUAGUAGUUGUGUACUUGAAAAGAACCCAUCAAGCCUAGUCUAUAGAAACUCUUUUACAGACUGAAGCCUUCUCAGGGGGAGUACUCUUCCAUGUUUAAUUAAUAAUCCACCAAGAAGUGAGAGUUACAAGAAUGUAAAGAACAUUUAAAUAUUUUAACUGUAGAGACUGAAUUGAUCUCAGACUGAAUUUAUCUGAUUUCUAACUUCAAAGAUUUGGGGCAGUAAGAUAAUUAAAGCUGCAGUCUCUUCUAUGCUGUGUAAACAACUCCAAAAUGUUUUUUCACCAGCCAGAACUGCACGGUUGUGAAAACCUCUGGACUGCUAUCUCUAGUAGAAUAAAUAACACUUAAUUUUAAAAGACAUUAAUUGAAUGUUACUGGCUGUCCUCCACUGGUUAGCACAAGAGAGCUGGAAUGAGUAAAAGCUGCAGUUAAUUUUUAAUUGAUUAAACUUAAGCCUCAUUCAUACCUCUAACCAGGAUCUAGAAGCUCCAGCUGCCUUAUGCUGCUUUGCAGUUCAUGAGGUGUAGUGCAGCAUCAGCUUGUACACAGGAUUUCUGAAUGCAUCUGGUUCUGGCAAAAGAGAGAAAAGGUAACAAUGGAAGAAAAUGUCCUUCUCCAGUUUUAGAGGUUAGAGAAUCAUAGAUAGAAGCUGGAGGGAAAGUUGCACUGCCUUUUCCAAGUCCAUUAAGACAGUCUGUGGUCAAACCAGGAAGUUUAUACGUGCUGGGGAAAGCCAGCAACCUUGUGUACUAUGAGCAGGGGGAGCUGGAAUUGCUUUUUCAGUAGCUAGUGAGAAAUUAGGGAAGAGGUUAGGCUAUCCAUACAGGAGGCUAAAAGCUGCUAAUGAUGUUGCUAAAGGAGAUGAAUUUAUUUUUUCUGUUCAGUAAACAAGUCCAGGAUUGCUGGUUUUCCAGAGGAGGAAUGUGAGAAAUCCAAUGGACAGAUUUUGUUUCCUGAUGCAGUCCUACCCAAAAGAGGGAGAUAGUUCCAGGCAGCAUACAGAGCAUGCAAUUAAAUUUUGGGAGGAAAAGGAAUAAUAGUAAUUUCCUCAGAAGGAACAGUAGUUAGUUAUUUCUGCAAUGCCCACAGUAUUCUAGACAAGCUGCCUUUACACAGAGGAGCAUGGCAACAAGGGAAAGCAGAUACUGGUCCCACAGUGACCUGUGUAUACACAUUUUAGGUCACCAGUAUUGGUGUAACUCCUUGUGACAAAGUAGAUUCAUCUUACCAGCAAAGUGUAUUUUGACAUUCUAUCCGCUUCUAUUUUUUAAGCUAAAGGGGAGUUAAUCAUAGCACUCAUCUGUUUCGAUGGCAGUAGAGCAGAAGGUAAGUUUCUACUUCAUACUUUGAAGCUGCUAUGAAUAGAUUAACAGUGUUCCAUGGAAACAACCUGAUGUACUUCUUUAUUUUCUUGGAGUUUCAUUUCUGUGUUCUUGCAAAAGCACAAGCUUCUGGAAGCGUAAUCAAUACAGAGUUACUCAGGGUACUGCAUCAUCUCAGCAGUGGACACUAACUGCAUCUUAAGUCAACAGGCACACAUAAAUCAAGCUUAAUUAAGAGGAACAGGACAUCUUGGCAAGUUUUGCUUUAUUACUGGCACUGCUACAAUGUAAUGAUCUAUGCAUACUGAAAUGUGUGUAUUGCUGCACUCCCAACAGAAUGUGAGUCUUGUAAGGGUGUCCUGUAAAGUAUCAAAGUCAGGGCAAGAGAGACAGUAUUUAUUCUUCUGUCAUUAUUUUCACAAAGAACUGUUUCUAAGCAGAUGGAAAGUCAUUCUGCUCAAAGGAGAAUAACGGUGGGCUAGAGAACAGCUUUCAGAGCAGUACAGCUUUUGAAAAGUUACUGAUCCUAUGAAUUUAAUAACAAAAAUUCUAAUUUGCAGUACAGAUUCUUUCCUGUGUUUUUAAACUCUUAUCACUGUUUCCCUGCUCAAAACAACAGGAUAAAGACAAGUGUAGUUUUCUGAUAACAUCUGUUGUGUGGAAAUCCACAUACACUGGAAGAAAAGGGAGGCUGUACUGCAGAGAGCAUAUUCAACUACAGAGCCAUUCUCUGGGCAAUGCUACAUAAUUUAGGAGUGGGUAACCAUGCCUUCAGGGACAACAUGAAACAGAGCAGAUGAUUGAAAAAAACAUCACAGAAAAAAGCCUCCAAGCUUUGUCCAGUCACACAUUUACCCCUCUCUGCAAAAGGGGACAGGUACAUUCAUACACGCAUAAUGAGUUAUCUGUCAGGCAUCACAGAGGUCCUUAAGGACAAAUGUUUUGGAGCCAGUCUCCUUUUGGACAGAAAAAGCAGGAAGUUGACUCUGUCUUCCAGUUCCAAGGUGCAGUGUCUUAUUUCUCAUUCUAACCCUAAGUCAAUAUUUAUUGAUCAAACUGACUAAGCUUUUUAGGCCGACCAGCUCUCUACGAAGCAAUUCUCUCUUGAGCCUCUGCAGGGGCCAGUAACUGGUGCUUAACUACUGCUUCCACUCCGGAAUGUCACCGUGCUCCAGCUGCCCCAGAGCCAGGCUGGGACACGUGCACUUCUCAGAGAGCAACACUGCUGGGGGUGGGGGCUCUCCAAAGCACUGAGGUACAACAGCAGAGCAAGUCCCGUGGGCUGUAUGCUUUUAAAGUCCUGUCCAGUUCUUAGUGACAAAGCUGAGCAUGAAACCUGUACUGCCAAAUGUAUCAGCCCCUUGCUGAGAAGGGCAUCAGUGGGAAGCAGUCUCAGAAGUGGAGAUUUUGAGGAAAGGCUGGUGCUUUCCAAGGCCAACUCCCAGGCUUUUUUUUAAUGGCUGAAUUUCCACCCACCAAAAAUCACCAUCAACCAAAUCAAUUAAAAUGGCUGCUAAUCUGGGCUAAAAUAUCUUUUGUGUAACCCAAACCACCACCAUCCAUGCAUCUAAAGAAUUCCUAAGCAAAGACUCCUCAGGAGGCAGAGCCCUUCUGACAGGAAAUCUGGCAGUGCAGUCUGACGUGACUUUUCUGAUGAUAAUUACUUCUCCAAGACAAGGCAGACAGAGGCAGUGCUUUGGGGCAGUGUUUCAUGCUCAGCAAGUUUGUAGAGGGAAGGAAUGCAUUUCUAUAAAUCACUUGUACUGUAUUUGUUUCUAGACUUGAAUGAAUUUCACUUUUCCUUUGUGAGUCAGCGUAUUAAACGUUAAAGAAAAGGUCUAUUUUUCUAAAUCUUUCACCAAUAGAGGUCUGACCUGCAGCCAAGAGAUGGUUUUAUUUAUCCACAGAGGAUGGAGUGUUUAUUUUUGAACUAAGAUUGGAUAUGGCAUUGAAUAAAAAUAAGUAUGACCUAUAAACUAUCUAAACCUUAAAUACUAUGAACGAAUCCCACAAAUGAGUAAUAUGGUGGACGAUUCCAUCUUUCUUCCCAAUAAAUCUCUCUCAAAGAAGUUACCCAGAAUUAAACUUCCAAAUGAAGUACAAGAGAUCCUUGUGGUCUAAUUACAGACUACUUUCAAAAUACUUCCGUUUUCUCCCAAUUUGUAAUCACUAGAGAACAAUGAUGACUGAACUAUUCCCAACUAUAAAUAAAGCAAUUUCAAAUAAAGUAAUUUGGCAACAACCAGGGCUAUUUAUAGCACUAAAAAUGUAAUCUGAACAUUCAAAUUUUCUUAAUUUGGUAGCAGUUGAGUGGGAAGACAAAUAACUGCACAAUGAAUUUUCAAUUGAGCUGUAUCUACUCACUAGCCAAAAAAAGCGUACAGAUGUAAAGGGAACGCUCUUUGUACCUUCAGUUGCUUCCUCCCGUGCUGCUGUACCCCGUACACUUGGCUUCAUUUGGCUUCUGUGCUGUGGUUUGUACGCCAGCCACUGUUACUGACUGUACACAACACGAUCUGCACUGUAAUCUCGGGUCAUUUCCACUGGUUGUAACCCAACACUACAGUCUUCUCUGUAUAUAAAACUGGAACCAUGUCCCAUUUGCUUCCAAUAGCUCCAAUAAAGACUUAUCUCUGUAAACAGGAA